AUGUCAGUCAAGAGCAAGGUCAAGAGAGAACUAAACCAAGUUUCUAAAGUAAAAUCAAGCAAGCGGCAUGCUGAAACCCAACCUGAUGGUAUUCCAAAAAAGACUGUUAGACUGAAUGAAACACAGGAAGUAACAAAGCCUGUCGAAGGUGGUGUUUCCAAAGUACACAAAGCAAAGCAAGUGAAACAUACACUUGGCAGAAAAAUUGCGGCUCCAAAAGGUAA